UUACCUUAGGUCAUUGAGUAAAAGAUGGCUGCCACCAGAUGCCUGUUUUGUGUUGUCGUGGUCAUAAUCUUUGUUUUACACACUUUCAAAUUAGUUCCUGGGCAGGUGAUGACGGUGGAAGAAAUACACGGAUACAGAGAACAGGUGCGUUCCAUGUUCCAGCAUGCGUACAACGGUUACCUGCAGUAUGCCUACCCGUAUGAUGAACUCCAACCCUUGACAUGUGAUGGCACAGACACAUGGGGCAGCUAUUCUCUUACAUUGAUUGAUGCACUGGAUACAUUGCUGGUGAUGGGGAAUCACAGUGAAUUUCGCCGUGUGGCACAGCUGCUGGCUGACACAAUGACCUUUGACACAGACGUGAAUGCCUCCGUUUUUGAAACCAACAUCAGAGUUGUAGGAGGCCUGUUGUCAGCUCACCUGUUGUCCAGGAAGGCAGGAGUAGACCUGGAGCCCGGCUGGCCGUGUGACGGCCCCCUCCUCAGACUGGCUCAGGACGCCGCCAGGAGACUCCUACCUGCCUUUGACACCCCUACUGGCAUGCCGUAUGGAACAGUCAACCUGCGGUACGGGGUGCCCCCUGGUGAGACUCCGGUGACCUGCACCGCCGGGGUGGGGACAUUCCUGGUGGAGUUCGGGACCCUCAGCAGGCUGACUGGUGACCCUGUGUUCGAAAACACGGCCAUCAGAGCUCUCAAGGCCCUGUGGGACGUCAGAUCGGACAUAGGAUUGGUAGGUAACCACAUAGAUGUGACCACAGGCCGCUGGACAGCUGUAGACUCAGGAAUAGGUGCAGGAGUGGACUCCUACUUUGAGUACCUUGUAAAAGGUUAUAUACUGUUGGGUAGACCUGAACUCAUGGACAUGUUUAAAGAGUACAACAAAACUAUCAACACGUACUUGAAGUACGAUGACUGGUACAUGUGGGCCAACAUGAAGAAAGGACAGGUCACCAUGCCUGUCUUCCAGUCCCUGGAAGCCUAUUGGCCAGGCUUACAAAGUUUGGUCGGUGAUGUUGACUCUGCCAUGAAGUCCCUACACAACUACCACCAGGUGUGGAGACAGUACGGAGCCACGCCCGAGUUCUACAACAUCCCCGGCAACAAGGCACAGGAGAAAAGGGAGGGAUAUCCUCUCCGACCUGAACUGGUAGAGAGCGCCAUGUACCUGUACCGGGCCACGGGGGAUCCGUUCCUCCUGCAGCUGGGCAGGGACGUGGUGGAGGCCAUCAACCAGAUCACUCGCACAGACUGUGGCUACGCUUCUAUUAAAGAUGUGCGCACACACCAGUUAGGCAACAGGAUGGAGUCCUUUUUCCUGGCAGAGACAACCAAGUACCUGUACCUGCUGUUUGAUCCGGACAACUUCAUCCACAAUGACGGGGGGCACGGCGAGUUUGUUCACACCGUCAACGGGAGAUGUGUACUGGACGCCGGAGGUUAUGUGUUCAACACAGAGGCUCACCCCAUUGACCCAGCAGCCCUGUACUGCUGCAGUACCUUCAAGCAGGACCAGGAGGAGCUGCAGAAACUUCACACCACACUUGACUUUGCGUCUCUCCUGGAAGACUUUGAAGAGGAUAUAAAAGAAAAGGACAAGAAGGAAAGCGUUCCUUCGUUCCCUGAAAAAAGACUUGACAGUUUUAUGGAUCCAACAAUAGAUGAAACUUUAGCAUCUGACACAAGACAAAGACUGCAUUUUGACAAGUGGAAAAAGAGCAAAGUCACAAGAAGCUGGAAUGAAGAGGAUACAAAACACCCUGCCAUUUUUACUUGUCCAGCUCAACCAUUCUACUCUAGAUUUUCCAUCUUGGGAGAAAUGUUUGAGGAGAAAUAUAUGCCGUCAAAAGAAGACCUGUUGGCUAUGGAGCCUACUUCUGGAGAGCUGGACGAUUUGGUGCGGCGAAUCGGGGACAGUCUGCGGCUGAAGGCGGCGCACAAGCAGCGAGUUGGACGGGAGCGCAUGGCGGCCACCCAGCGAGCCUCGCCCUACGGGCUACCCGUCGCCAAGUCGGGGACUGUGUGCAAAAAAUCACCGCCUAGGAACGCCAGAAGGCUUCUUCACAGAAGAUGUGACGCUGACGACCCCUACGCGAUGCUUCAGGAGCUGUUGCGAAGCGGAAAUUUGAUCAAAGAAGCCGUCAAAAGACUCGGAAAUAGGGGAGAGAAAGAGCGUGCUCGCGAGGCGAGAUACCACCACGACUCCAACUGUGACUCGCCAGUCUCCGAGCUUUCAGAAAUGUCGUCAGAUUCCUCGGACAGAUCCGACAGCAGAUAGCAAGCCACGGACAAAACACUGCCAAGCCAUCGUCUCAUAUUUUGUUGCCUUCUCACGUACAUUUGUGCUGUUGUACUUUGUAUAGUUCUCUAACGCUACAUCGACAUGUGACCUGUAAACAAACAUUACCAAGAAGCGGUUACCAGUUUCCGGACUGCCCAGAACGUAUCGAACUAUAAUUUUCUGACGACCACGCUGUUUCAGUAAAGGCACCAUGUGAAGGGCUUUGUGAGAAAAAUUGUCCUGAUCAUCGCCAACUGGUAAACAAGCCAUGCAGCUGCUCGUGAGUUGGGGCGAAAACAUUUACAUACAUAAUUUCUGCAUGCAUGCGGUCUAAAGACUUCAUAAUUCUUCUGAGAUGCUGGAUCAAAAAUUACGACGCGGCUCUUGAAAAAAACAAGGAUCUGGAUCAGAGAUGACUCGGAUUCCAAAAAAAACGCACAAGAUCAAGCCAAAAUCAGGGGACUGGACAAUACACAGUGGCCAACAUUCCAACGGACGGAUGUGAAAAACAACUUGUGGCUUUGUGUGUGUGGAUCGCAACAUCUGACGCGCGACGCUCUUUGUUCGUCCAAGGCCCCAUCAAUUCGUCACAGAGAACAAGACUUCACCAGGACCUUGUGUAAAAAAAUAUCUAUAUGUUGAACAGAUUGUUUGAUCAAUGUCUGGACAUCUGUGUACAAUCUCAGGACUUUUUUCUUGGAUGUCUUCCAAAAACAUCCUUGUGCUCCAGACGAAAACAUGUUUACCUUCUCGUCUGUUGUGACGGCCUGGGUUCAGGGACAUAUUUGCAUAUCAAUUGGCAAGGGGGGUAGAUUGCAACAACAAAGGAAUUCCCGUUGAGUAGUUACUUCAAAUUGUACUCCUUUUGUCUCAACUCAACCCUUUGUACUUUUUUAGCUUUGUAAUUUUCCACAACUCACUGGAAAAAUAAUUUUGGAGGAUUUUCUAUGCUUUUGUUACAGGCCCUUUCAUCUGUUGCAUUAGAUUACUUAGCGAAAUGUCGCGUCGCGACUUCUGUACAGUAGGCCUAAGAUUAGUAAGAAUAAAUAUGUUUUUGAAACUUCAUAUUUUCAAGACUUUGGAAGAGAAGGACAUUUCCUGUACUGAAUGUACUGCCACAUUUUGUAAAUUCCCAGUAAUCUUAGUACUAGAACUUAGCUAGUAGAAGAACUAUGCACACAAAAACAAAGUAUGUCGAUGCCAACGCCCACAACUGCACUAGUGUAUUUAGUUGCAAACCUAUUUGCUAAAAUGUUUGUUUCCGUGUAUGGUUUUCUUUCCAUGAACAAGAACGUGGUACCAUAUUUAUAAAAAAAGCCAAAAAGAGAACUUUAUUCAUGCUUUAUAAAGCAGUAUUUUGUUUUGUUUAUGAAACCCAAGCCAGUCUUUAAAAUAAUUACAUGCAUUAAAAGUUCUCAAUUGUGCCAUAGACAUUAUUCGCAUGGUUAAAUAAUGUUCAUGUUAUCUUGUGAUCACCUGUUGUGAUGAUACCAAAUAUUAUUUACAAACUCUUUCACACUUCCAACAAUUCCAUGACCAGUAUUAGAAAUCAUUUUCAGGAAAACGAAAUAAAAAAAGUGAAAACAUGA